AUGGCGACGCCCAUGCAAGAUGUUGAGGAGGUGAAGCCGUAUGAAGAGGAAGGACUGAUUCCAGAAGUUGAGAGACAGAUGGAAGGGUUCGAUGAGAGCGAAGAUGAGGAUGAUGAGUUGGAGUUUGAGACGGUGGGGAGGGAUGACCAGGGACGGAGUCUGAGGCGGAGGAGGAAGAAGAGUGUUAAGGGGAGGGCGUGGAUUGUACUUGCUACGUUGGCGACGGUGACGGCGAGGGGGUUGUUUAGAGGGAGUUUUCCUUAUCCACUUUAUUUCUUGUUAUUACUUCAGAUUUCGGCAUAUAUUACUGUGGUUGUGGCUGUAUUGGCCAUUACCAUCAUAAAUUGGAGGGAUCCAAAACGGAGAUCCGAUGAGAGUUACUCGCUGGGUGAGCGCGUAAUAAUUGGGACGCGUGUGUUAAUAUCUGCAUGCUUUACGGCCGUGGCAAUGCUUUUUUCGGUGGAGGCGUUGAAGUUGUAUAAUAACUUGUCUAUUUUGGCGAUGUUGCCGGUUUUAACAUUCGUCAGCGACAGCAUAAUUUUUCGGAUUCUCCAUAUCUUCAGGAUUUCGAGGAGAGAAAACGUCGUUCUCGAGUGGUGGUCAAUUUGGAUCAUCUUCUUGGUACCGGCGUGUCUCGCCCUUGCGGUAUACACAGAUUAUCGACUUGACGUUGAUGGGCUGUCACAUGCUAUUAUAUCAUGCCUAUUUUACACUCUCGCAAAAUCUGUUAUGCGGAUUGGACCAAGUUUGGAGAAGAGAUCACCAAGCUGGGAUUCGCCACUUUAUCUCUACUUAAUAGCCGGUAUUCCUCUAGUAAUAAUUACAUGGAGAGCAGCAGUCUUCUAUGAAAACUUGGUUGCUGCUAACCAUGCUCUCGGAUCAUGGUCGAUAUUCAGAUGGAUCUGGAAUAUGGCUCCUGGGGUGGUUCUUCAACUUCUUUUCAAUCAUUCCCUUAUUUCAGCAUAUCCUUAUUCUUCCAAGGAAAGAGCCUGUGGUGCUCUGGAAGAUCCUAGCCCCGAAGGCAAAACUGCUGUAAGAGCUACUUUACAUACGACCUUCUGGAUCACCAUUUUUGGAGCGCUCGGGUACGAACACAGUCUGGUCGAUUGGUUCCAGACUCUUUCGUUCGUCCUCAUCUAUAUUGCAAGCGUGGGUCCCAGUCACAUCGGAUACUAUCCUCCAAGAUUCUUCAAUUUCCUCACUAGAAUGAUACGACGAAAACCCUUGCCUGUCACUCCCGAACCUUGGCAGUUCCCGGCUAUACUUUUUGGGACUACAGUCAUGUUUGCUGUUCUUAUGAGCUGCAAUGUCAUGUUUUGGAUCGAUACUGCAUCUUUCGACCGUGAUGCGAAGACCUGGCUUGGUCCAAGAAAAGCUAAUCUUGACCUCCAAUACAGUCCACCCAAAGUCCGCUCAAUGGAAAUCGUCAUCGCUCACGCCGCAGGUGAUUCUCUUGAAUCCGUUCAGAAUCUAAUCAGCGCAUACACUUCCAUCCCUCACAUCGCAGGCUUCGGACCAAAUGUCAUCGUCUACACCAAAGAUCCAAACCUCAAGAAAGCAGAUGACAUCCGAGGCGACAAAUUCGCAGGUACAGUAUCCCUCCAAACCCUGGCCAACUCAGGCGGCCCAACAGCCUCAUUCCUCCACCACAUCCUCCUUUCCUGGGAAACCUUCUCCCAACAAACCCUCUUCCUAACCACCGAACCCACUCCCAUCGACCCCCGCCUCCCCAUCCAACGCAUGAAAGAACUCUUCAUCCCCGGCACCUUCCCCAUCGCCGACGCCGCCGAGAAAACCGCCUUUCUAAACCUCGGGCCCUCAACCGUCUGCCACUGCGGCUCCUGCACCGACGAAACAGGCUGGGAAGACUCAUUCCGUCUCAUCCCCUCUAUGUGGGGAGCCGCCCGCCCUGGAACCGAGAAAUGCGAUUCCGUCCUCCUCACCCGCGGCAACAAGUUCGUCGCCUCUGCUGCCCGAAUCCGCGGCAUCCAACGUGACGUGUACCAACUCCUCUACGACGCCCUCGUCAAACCAGAUAUCGAAAACUCCUGGGCGCAUGAAAAACGCAAACUCCCAUCUCCUCUACCCUAUGAACCACUUAUCGGACGCUGGGCCCACGGCGGCAAAGCCGAUGUCGUGCUUACUGCUAAUGGGACUGUGGAAACUAGACAGGACACAGCGAGUCUGCCAGGGAUAUAUGGGAUUGGUGAUACGUUGGAACGACCAUGGUUGGGGUUUACGGUAGAGAGGCUCUGGGGGAUACUCUUGCAGUGCAGUCGCCCGGAAAUCGCGUGGAGGUGUCCGAGUUUGGAGAAGGGCUGGCGGAUUGGAUUUGAGAAGGAGGAUUGUGAGUGUAUUGAUUAA